AUGCCCCGGCGUCCCCCCAACCCCGGGACCCAACAGGUGGCGCCCAAGGGGCUCCCCGGCGACGGCGCUCGCGGAAGGAGAGAUCCGCUACUGCCCAGGCUGCCCCUGCCCCAGCUCCGCGGGUCCCCCGGCGGCUUGAGGGCCUCGGAGGGCGGCGGCGCGUGGUGGCCGGGCGGCUCCUCGCACCCAGAGCUGGGGCUGGGCGUCAGGAGCCCCUCGCCGCGCCUGCCCGCCCUGCCCACCCUGGCCCAGCCGGCGGCGCAGAACCGGACAAGGCUGAGGUCGCCCCUGCUGCCGCCCCUGCUCCUGGCCGGUGCGCCCCGGGAACUCGCACCCCGGCGCACGGGGCCUGGAGAGCGCGAGGAUUCCUGCCGGGGCGCGGCCACCCUGCGCGCCCUCCUAGGAAAGUUCCUCCCCAGCAAGUGCCGGGAGCUCCUGCACCAGCUGGGGGCAGAGCGCGCGGAACCCCGGCCUCCGAGUGAGGCCCCCCCCAGGGGGCGGGGCGGAGUCAUUUCCGGGAUGAACGCAGACCUGCGGGGCCAGUCGUCGUAUUUCCAGAAUAGUCUUAAGAAGAUUUUGCUCCAUCAGAUACCUGCCCCGGGGACCCUGAGGAGAGAUCACUCACAGUUCACCUUCAGGAAGGCCAACCAGCCCCACGGUGCACAGGCCCCCAAGCUCAAGGCUGUGCUCACCCACAGCUCCUUGGGGGAAAGCUCAGGACAGCGCAGACGGUUUUGCCCCUUCCGAGUGCGAUUCGCCGAUGAGACCCUGCGGGACACAGCGCUCCGCUACUGGGAGCGCAGCUGUGCAGUCCGGCAGGGUACCAUUGAGAAUGCGAUAGCUCCCGGGUCAAUGACAUCAGAAGGGGUGUUCGGGAGUGUCGGGAGAUGGCUGGAGAGUUUGCCCAAAGCCCUGUGCCCCAGGGCCAAGGAGGAGGCCAUGGCCAACAUCUCGUUUGGCUGGGACUGCCCUGGCCUGCCCAUCCAGGAGCCACCGGGUCACCUCUCUGAGGAUGCCUCCGUGAAGAGCAGCCCGCCCUGCAUCCCCAGGGCCACCACACAGAGGCCACGAGGUGACCUCCAAGCCUUGCUGGACACUGACAACAUCCUGGGGCAGGUGGGCAAAUCGCCCUGCUCCUAGAGCCGGAAGCUGGAAUCCUUCCUGCCCAGCUUGGUGCUGCACACAGUCCUGAAGCGAGGAUGCCCUAAGGGCUACCAGCCCCUCCUGCCUUCCAUGACACCACAGGAGGCUCCCAGGUGAAUGUCUACUGGAGCCCAAGCGCAUGCGUGGACGCGGGCCAGGGGUUGAAGAGAGGCCUUUCUCACCCCACAAAUAAACAUGCAUUCCA